AAUUGCUGGACGGUGGCGGUGUGGCCUACUGGCCUAUGGGAGAAUGUGGCUGACAUGGAGUGAGAAGUGGUGAGUGGUGGCCCACGAGAAUGUCUUGGCGGAAAUAUUGGUUCACACGGAGAGGAUACAGAUAUACACACACACACGCUUCGUAGUCGGCACACUUCGUUUUCUUUGAAAGGGCUAAUAUAGCAAGGUUGUAAUAACCACCUUUUAUCAAUAUACUAAUCGCGACCAUGAGUGUCCUAUCUGCGAAUAUCUUUGACAUGCUUCAGGAUGAUGCUGACAGCGGUAGCGUUGACUCAUCUGUAAAGAAGAUUGAGCCCAAAGCCGCUGCCGCCCCGGCACCGGUAAAGAAGACUGCCCCUCCCCCUAAGAAGGAGAGCCAGAGGGACAACAAACCCCGUGGUGAUGGAUCAUCUCGUGGUGGUCGUGGAGGUGCCCGCAACGGUGGCGAGCGUCGCCAAGGUAACGAUUACCAGAGUCGUGGAGACGCUGAAGUGCGUGUACGCUCUGAGCCUCGCGAGCCUCGCCAGCCACGUGGUGAUAAGGGAGGAUCAUCCAACAACAACAGAGAUCGCCACUCUCGUGGACCCAAGGGAUCUGGACAGCAAAGAGAAAAGAAGGACGGCCACGGACGUCACAACUGGGGUGACUCUGUGGAAGCUCAGGCUGCUGUUGACGGUGUGGUACCCGAGGAGGGCACUGGAGAACCUGUGGAGCCCGAGGCACCCAAGGAGCCUACUCCUGAGGAACUAGCUGCCAAGGCCGAGCGCGAGGCAGAGGAGAAGCAGAUGACACUUGCUGACUACCAGAAGCAACAGGCGGAGAAGAAGGUGGCUGCCGAACUUUCCGUUCGACAAGCUGGUGAGGGUGUCGACAACUCGGAGUGGAAGGACACGGUUGUCAUGACCAAGAAUGAAGAGCAGAGCGAAGGUGGUGUUGCUCCCGGAUCAAAGAACCGCAAAAAGAAGGGAAACAAGAAGGUCAUUUCUGAGGCUGCCCCCAUCGAUAUCAAGUACAACGAUGAGCAACAACAGGGAGGACGCGGUGGCUUCGGCGGCCGAGGAGGACGUGGAGGACGUGGAGGACAACGAGGAGGACGUGGGGGCCGCAGCAGCAACGCCCCAUCUCUUGCUGACGAGAGUGCUUUCCCAUCACUUUAAGUCUAAACUUAGUUUGACACCUACCUCCCAUACAAUUGAGUGCGAUCGGACGGCGGAACGGGUGGCAACGUGCAUGCAAAGGCUCAAGCACACUGUAUCUGUGUUUUGGUGUGUGUACGUAUGAAAUGAGCGGCAGGGUUAACGCGUUGUGGCCUGUUAUUAGCACACCGUUUGGCGGGUAUGGGAUGGGUGGAAGAGGGGCUGCGGGAAUAAUCUGUUCUCCGCUCUUGUCACAGGAUGCGAUCAUACCAACCGUCGGCCUGUACAUACUUGCUUGGAUCUUGGUUUGCUCUUUACAUGGAGUUUCUUUCGAACACUCACUUCACUGGUACACUAGGCACUCCGUGCGCGGGUCAUGUGUAUAUAUGGUCAGUAUAACAGCUGAGCACGAGACACGUGUACACACACGUGUGGGAUGUUAUUUGUUCUGAGCGCUGCUACUUGUCAUACCCAGUCGGACGGGACCAUGCUCACACACAAUAUAGGCUGUGUUAAUUCACGUAUACAUGUGAGUGCCCGUAUAGAGAAGUUAAGUGGGGAUAAUAAGUGGGCUUGCUGUAGGGAAGCGUAGACACGAUGCUGGGCUUAUGUCGUUGGUUGGUGGGUCUCACCAAUAGCGUAUGUUUGUAUAAAUAUUAAUAAAGGAAGGCAUCAUUAGGGUCAUUUACUACAAACAUCA